CAACAUUGAACUCCAACCUCUUUCCCUGCCCUGCUUUUUAUUUUAUUUUUUUACUGCGCAUAGUCGUCGCACCACAACUAUACAAGGUGGUGAGCAUGCUUUUUCCUCGAUACCGACGAUAGCUUCAAUUUGCGUGUUGUCGCAAAUCCAUAUAGUUGCCACUGUCGCCAGUUGGCCAAAAUGACGAGCCCAACGCGGGAGUCAUUCCCACCCAUCGCGCAAGCUUUCAACACCUUCACGGCCACCACGCUCCCUAACCAAAUACACUCCCCGCCGUCACCUCACACUCAUAGAUUGCGCAAGCUACAAUCCGCACAUAACCUCGGUGCCGCUGCCCGAAUUUCCAGUCAAAACUCGUUGAUAUCCCAACAGGUUCUCCGACAUCCCCAAGGACAUCCCCAAGAGAGCGUACCACCUCUGACUCGCAAUGCCAACAACCGAUCCCCACAGAGAAACAGAGCCAACUCAGACGCGACGCCCCCGCCACCCCUGCCACCCCCGACGCCUUCUAUAUUUCCAAACAAUCUUUUACUAUCCUUAAACCACAAGAGAAGCGCUCUAAGUAAGGCUUCAAGAGUAGCUGAUGCUAUGUCUCUAGACAGACUGAUUAGGGAGGGGCCCCCUGAUGGAGAUGUGAAUGGUGCAUUAGAGAGUGCGCGUCUUAAGGUCUUAGAUCAGGGUAUCAGGAGCGACGGCGAUGGAAUGUCGCGGACUAGAAUCUACUUCUGGCUUAUAUUUAUCGAUGCGCCCAUUCUUGAUACUGACGAGUACCUCGGGCUCAUACAUCGAGGCGCUUCUCCCGCUUACUCCAAAAUCCGAAACGACACAUUUCGAACCCUGACUACCGAUCCCCUUUUCCGUCGCCGCGUUAGCGAGGCCAGUUUGAUUCGUCUUCUUAACGCUAUCGCUUGGAAGCUUCACGAUGCGAAGGAAGAACGUCGCCCAACAAGUAGCAGAUUGUCUCUCGCCGCGACCGAAAGCGCUGGUAGCUCUCGCAGCGAUAUCUCGCAAACUGAUGCCUCUUCACCGUCUGCUAGGAACCGUGCCCGCGCCCUUACGCUCACGACGGAAGGUUCCGAUGCUACUACCUCGGAACCCGGGACUUACGUACAGGGCAUGAACGUGCUUGCUGCUCCGUUCCUAUAUGCAGCCCGCAGCGAGGUGGAAGCUUUCGCUGCUUUCCAUACGCUCCUAACCAAGGAGUGUCCUGGGUACAUUAGAGGUGCAAUGGACGGGGUUCAUCGCGGUCUGGCACUCGUUGACAAAGUAUUGGCCAUCGUGGAUCCUAAGCUGAGUUUCUACUUAACAUCCAAGGGUUUAUCAGCAGAGAUUUAUGCAUUCCCCUCUGUUCUUACGCUCUGCGCAUGUACUCCCCCUUUACCAGAGGUACUGAAGCACUGGGAUUUCCUCUUCGCCUACGGGCCGCAGUUGAACAUCGUGUGUAUUGUUGCCCAGCUAAUCAUGAUGCGCAAUGAACUCCUCACCUCUUUGAAUCCUAACAAACUCCUUCGAUCAUUCCCGGCUUUACGGGCAGAAAUGAUCAAGCGAACAGCUCUGGCUAUUAUUAGGAUGAUACCCGACGAUAUCUAUGCUGAUAUCAUACGACACGCUCUAUAGCAUACCCCUUCUCAAUAAGUGACGCGGCAUGGUUCUCUACGAGUUACGCUCAUAUGACCCAGGUUUUAGUAUUGGAUCAUACAUACAUACAUACAUACAUCUUUGUAAUAACGACUCCAACCGUCGACAAUCGUUUCAAAGU